AUGAAUGCAUUUCAAACUGAACAUCGAAAUGAAUCAUCACAAUCUUCUAAUAGUCAAAUAAUUAUCAAUACUCAACCUCGAAGUAUCGACAAUGGUCAAAAUGAUGCUACAGUAAUCGAUACUUCGAGCUCAGGACAACAAGAAAGAUUAUUUGAUUUAAGUAACACAGAACUAUUAUCUCGAUACGAAUAUCUGUCAAAAAAAUGUAAUGAGCUUCAAAAAGAUAAUGCUGAUUUAUCACGUGAAUGUGAUCAUAUGACAAAAGAGAUUCAAAUGUUAAAAAGAACAACGAUGCGUAAAUUUUUAGCCAUACCUGAUGCUGCAGGACGUCAAUGGUUUAUUAAUAUGGGAAAAUAUUUUGCCAAUAAAGCACCUGAAUCAGAUAUUUCGAAAUAUGCAACUGCUUUGAAAAUAGAUCCACGAGAUCUAAUUGAUUGCAUAGAAGAUACAAUAUCAAAUACAGCCCGACAAGUAAUUCGACUUUUAUAUUCAUCAAAUCAAUUGUUAACUCUGAAAGGAACAGAAGUACCGAAAGCUACACGAGAAAUAAUUAAAGAAUUUGCUGAAUCACAAACAGGUCCAAUAUCAAAACGCCAAUUUAAUGAAGCUAUUAAUGGUGUAUUUCGAUCAACAAAAUGUGAAGUCAAGAAAAAAAAGAAGAAAGAAGGUAGCUUAAUGGCAUCGCAUCAACGUUCAACAUCAACUGAUUUAAAUUCCAAUGAAGAAAAUCAUAAUGAUGAAGAAGAUCCAACAGAUAAUCAAUGA